AUGGUAAAUGACUCUGCAGCCAUUGUAAUGAGUGUCUUGCAAGUAUAUGAAGGAUGUUCUGGCUUCUUUAAAAGAAGUAUACACAAGAAUCGAACAUACACAUGUAAAGCAAGUGGAAAUUUAAAAGGUCAAUGUACAAUUGACCGUAAUCGUCGUAAUCAUUGUCGGGCAUGUCGAUUGAAUAAAUGUUUUAUGGCACAAAUGAAUGAAGAAAGUGUACAACAUGAACGUGGACCACGAAAAUCAACUAACGCAGCUAAAAGAUAUUCUUCAAUAGAAUCUACUAGUAAACGGAAUGACGAAUACCCAUUAAAUCUUUCCAUUAAUCAGAGGAAAAGUUCAAAAAUUGCCAGCAACACUAACAACAACAACAGUCGCAAACCUCGAGGAUGUUAUGAAAGACACAAAAACGCUGACUAUUAUCAUUAUUAUUCAAAAAACCUCCUGACUAACUUACCAGUCUAUAUGGAUGACUCCGUUCAAUGUUCAACUUCAGAACAGUUUAAACCAUUGAUGAACGCCUUGAAUUUAUCAGGAUACCUUUCGCAACAUUUUGACUACAAACAUUUAGGAAAUAUAAUUGAUAAUUUUUACAACUCGCUAAGAAAUGAACAAAAUCUAGUGACUACAUCGCAGUGUAAGUCGAAUAUGCAGGCAGAUGCGGAUGACUUGCAAGGUAAAGCUGAAGAUCUUACAGUUGUUUCAAAGAAAAGGGAUGAAUUUUGUAGAAGUGAUCAUGACCUAGAAUAUGACAAUCGCAAUCAAAAUAUUAUUCUUCCAGUAAACCAAUGGAAUGCAGAUUAUCUAACGUUAUGCAAUUAUCAUGAAGCUCUAUCGAAAAUAAUGAACAAUUCACUGUGGACGGAUAAAGGUAACAGUUCAUCCUGUACGCAGAUGUAUGAAAUCACUAAUACAUCACUAUCAUCAGAUUCCUUCAAAUAUACAACUAAUGAUCAAAAUUCCAUAGGCAAAUAUGCUGCCAAUGAGACUUCAAGGAAUCACCUCAUAAAUUGGUCAUAUUUUGCAAAAAUGGAUGAAUGGAGUAGAACAGAAAUUGGUAUACGCAUUCUAAUGAAUAUGAUAAGUUGGAUAGUCGACAGUUAUUCAUUUCAAACAAGUGCUAAAAGUAACCAGGCUGCUGAUUUAAUGAACACAAACUGGAUCUACAUAUUUUAUAUUCAUGUGAUCGAGUAUUCACAUCAGCAACAAUUCUGCAAUAAGAAUAUUAAUAACAAUAAUAGACAUGGGAUUGAAAAUCUAUUGCUUCCAAGAUAUACUACAUCAAUUUCAAAUGCUUCCAUUAUUAAUAAUUUCCCAGCAUCAGCAACAAUGAGAUAUCUGAUAACUAAUCAUGAUUCCCUUGAUAUCAUCAGCACAUUUAUACGAUAUUUAAACGACUUUAAUUUAACCGCAGAAGAAUGUGAAUAUGUGAAGGUCAAAAUAUUUAAUGUGAAUAAACUAGGGUGCAGUAGAAAAAGAACAUCUGAUUGCGUAAUACCAAACUCUGGAUUAAGGUAUGAAGUAAUGAACAGUCUUUGUGAACAACUCAUAAGUUUCGAUGGAAAUUGGUUGAAACAUCUUUGUAUGCAAACAUUUUUCACAGCAAUAAUUAAUAGUAGUAAUAACAAUAAUAAUACUAAUGACAGUUUAUUACUCUUAGAUUACAUUGUACAAAAUUUAUUCAGUGUAUUGGCUUUCACGUAUCAGAGUGCAUAG